AUGAACAAAAGCAUAGCAGAAACAGGAAAGGUAAGCCGUUGGCGGGAACUGGGCAUCAAUGAUGCAUGUUACCAACAAGGUAUCUGCUCUACAGACAACCCUGAGGCUCAGGUGGCUGGUAGCAAAGACAGCAAAUCCCACAACCAAAUACUAUCCUCUGUGGUUUUGCUCUUGCAGAAGGAAACGCCGCUGGCCAACGCCGCAUUCUGGGCAGCGAGGAGGGGAAACCUGGCCCUGCUGAAGCUGCUGCUGAACAGUGGUCGGGUGGAUGUGGACUGCAGAGACAGUCAUGGCACUACACUCCUCAUGGUCGCCUCUUAUGCUGGCCACAUUGACUGUGUGAGAGAACUGGUCCUACAAGGAGCAGACAUCAACCUCCAGAGAGAGUCAGGUACAACUGCCCUGUUCUUUGCUGCUCAGCAAGGCCACAAUGAAGUCGUGAGAUUUCUCUUUGGAUUUGGAGCAUCCACUGAAUGUAGAACCAAAGAUGGAGGCACUGCCCUGUUGGCUGCCAGUCAGUAUGGGCACAGGCAGGUGGUGGAGACAUUACUGAAGCACGGAGCCAACAUCCAUGACCAACUUUAUGAUGGAGCCACUGCCCUCUUCUUAGCCGCCCAAGGUGGUUACUUGGAUGUUAUUCGAUUAUUGUUGUCUUCAGGAGCAAAAGUCAACCAGCCAAGGCAGGAUGGAACGGCACCCCUGUGGAUCGCGUCCCAGAUGGGCCACAGCGAGGUGGUACGGGUGAUGCUGCUUCGUGGAGCUGACCGCGAUGCCGAGCGAAAUGAUGGCACUACAGCAUUGUUGAAAGCAGCCAACAAAGGGUAUAGUGAUGUGAUCCAGGAGUUGCUUAAAUUUUCACCCACUCUUGGUAUUUUGAAGAAUGGGACGUCAGCACUCCAUGCAGCAGUGCUCAGCGGGAAUAUUAAAACAGUGGCACUGCUUCUGGAAGCAGGGGCAGACCCAGCCCUGAGAAACAAGGCCAAUGAACUUCCAGCAGAACUAACCAAAAAUGAACACAUACUGCAUCUCCUCCGUAGUAAAGAAGGACACAGGAAGAGCUAACUUAGUUCCAUUUUACACAGAAAGCUAGAAACCUUAACCAUAUUGUCCCAAAACAAAUGGCUUUCAAACAGUGCUAGAAAUUCUUUGAAGAAAUAAUAUACUCAGAAUGUCUGCCCUGCGGGUCCCUAGCUGAUAGCUGUGCUUUGAGCACAGAUUCAGGAACAGGAGAGCUCAGGGGUCCCCUUCCCUCACUCUCAGUGGGCUUCUCACACGAUCCUGUAACCCAAGUCCAGGCCAGGCAUUGUCACUGAUUCUACAUUUGCAACUAUACUAACUUGGCUCCCUCAGUUAAAACUUGAAGUUGGACAGGGUUUUUAGAAUUAAGCAAAGACACAGAAAGUUUUGUCCCUUUGAGAGAAUGAGCGGUUGACUCAAUGAAUUGCUGCACUUUUAUUUUGUGUUCCAUGUAGAUGUGCUAAAAUGUAUAGGUUCAUCAUGUUUUACAAAAUCUAUGUAUGUCAUUUCUUCUUCCCCCUAAAGAUCAUAGCCAUAAUUAAUGCAAAUCAAUGAUGUGCAGGCAUACUUUAGUCAAGGGCCACUUCCAACAUCCCAUCAGGUGCUUUACAAAGAUGGACGGUUGAAUUAUAGAAAAGACAACUUGUAUGCUUGUUAACCUGAAGCUUACUCCUGAAGUAUAAAAUCAUUUUACUUAACUUUGUCGGUAUGUUAGAAAACCAGUGAAAAUUUAGAAACUGGAAAUUACAAAUCACAGGAAAUAGAAGCCCUGUCUCUUUGAACUUUUAUUUUGGUACCAGUUUUGGUUCUAGUAAGUAGACCUAAUAUGCUCUGAAAUCUUAAGCUUCCAACACUGCAUUGCUUGAUAGAAUGGCUUUGAAAUCAUAUUAUAUGCAAAUCUAAUGUAUUGCUGGAGUGUAAGUAAUAAAAGAUGAUUGCUAGUAUUUAAUAAGCGUUCAUCUCUGCAUGUUCUUGGGUUGAUUCAAGGAGUCUUCUAUUGGAAUUAUUUCUUUGAAGGAAGUCACUAAAAUUUAUAACCAGUGCACUUGAUAAUCAAUGGUGUCUAACUGUCUCUGUCAGUGCCUAACUACACACACAAUAAAAGUUAAUCAAAACUAGUAUUAUUUCUCUUAUUUUUCUUGCUUUAUGAUGUUCUACUAUAGUUUCCAGACAAUGUUCUAUGUGAACUCAUGUUAUGAUGGAGGAAACUGAAUCACCAACUAAGUUUUGUUUAACCAAAAUGAAGAAGUACUAAAUGCAUUGUCUGUAAGUCAGUAAAGUACGGAAUAUAAUUUUUAAUUAAAAGAUACUCUCAAAAUUGUUUAGGAUUAAUUCAUUAAAAGCUUUAUUUGAAACAUUAUCAUAAGCAAAGCCACUAAUGAGCCAUCUACAGCUCUCCAAGAUAGCUAUGGCCUCAGUAGCUCUGCAAAAAUCUACAGUCUCAUUUCUUUUCUUUCUUUCUUUUUUUUUUUUUGAAAGUGUUGAUCACCAAUUCAACACUAGUGAAUUCAGCCUCUGUACUGCUAGUACAAGCCUGCCCCACCCUGCAGGGCUCUUACUUUAAUUUCAAGAUAAGAGAUUAGAAAGCUCUCAGUUGACAAAACAUCAAACAUAAACAUUUUGCUAGCUUAAAAGCAGUGCCAAUUUCCUCACUGACAGACUUUUAUUCUGCAGUUAUUCAUAUACACAUUUUUCCCAUAUGGGAAUUUUAAAAACCUAUAUCCAUUUUGAAGAAGAAAAUAAUGUGGCCUUAAAUGCUUUAUAUUUUUCCCUUUAGUUAACCAUCAUAGCAAAAAUAGUUGUUGAGCACUGAUUCAAAACAAAACACUAGUAGGGUUACUAACAACAAAGUUCCAAAAGAUAGAAUAACAAACUUAAUGCUUUUUACUAAAAUAUGUUGUCCUUGGUCUAUUCCUUAUAUUGUUUUAGGUGGCUAAUGUUCUUGAAUAAUAUCAGGGUGGUAAAAAUGAACCUAGUAGCUUUAACAAUAUUUAAUGGAGGCUUUCUUGCUGUAGGUAAGAUAUCUGGUUUAGAAGGAUCACACCUAACCUAGAUGAGAUUAUAAUAUGAUGUUUGUCUGGGAAGAGGAUUAAAUGCCUACCAAAGACAGAAAAAAGAGGUCUAUUAUUUAAAAAUUGUAUUUUAGUUUGUACACAUAUAAGUGAUACUUUAUGUUCAUCUAAUUCACAAUUCAGUGAACUCUGUAUCCUAAGAUUUAAAGCUGCCAAUUCCUAUGCAAAUCAUCUGCAUAACUGAACUACAAAAGAUUAUCAGGAUAUGUUUAUUUGAUAACACAUUCCAUUUUGUAGUU